CAAUCAAUUCAUCAUCUCUUCUUCCUCAUCGCUCUGAAACUGAAAACCCUAAUUACUACUGUAAGCUGUUAUGGGCGCGAGUCGAAAAUUACAAGGAGAGAUAGAUCGGGUGCUGAAGAAGGUUCAGGAAGGCGUUGAUGUUUUCGACAGCAUCUGGAACAAGUGGAAUGUAUAUGAUUCAGAUAAUGUUAACCAAAAGGAGAAGUUUGAGGCGGAUUUGAAGAAGGAGAUCAAGAAGUUGCAGCGGUAUAGGGAUCAGAUCAAGACUUGGAUUCAGUCUAGUGAGAUCAAAGAUAAAAAAGUCAGCGCAUCAUAUGAGCAAUCGCUGGUUGACGCUCGGAAGCUCAUUGAGCGAGAAAUGGAGAGGUUUAAGAUCUGUGAGAAAGAGACCAAGACUAAAGCCUUCUCUAAGGAAGGACUGGGUCAGCAACCUAAAACUGACCCAAAAGAGAAGGCAAAGUCAGAGACAAGAGAUUGGUUGAACAAUGUGGUCAGUGAACUCGAGUCACAGAUUGAUAGCUUUGAGGCUGAGUUGGAAGGACUGUCUGUCAAAAAAGGAAAGACAAGGCCGCCCAGAUUGACACAUCUUGAAACAUCUAUUUCAAGGCACAAAGAUCAUAUAAUAAAGUUGGAAUUGAUCUUGAGACUUCUGGACAAUGAUGAAUUAAGUCCAGAACAAGUAAAUGAUGUCAAAGAUUUUCUGGAUGAUUAUGUUGAACGAAAUCAGGAUGAUUUUGACGAAUUCAGUGAUGUUGACGAGCUCUAUAGCACGUUGCCGCUUGAUGAGGUGGAGGGGCUUGAAGAUCUAGUUACUGCUGGCCCCCUUGUCAAGGGUACUCCUCUGAGCAUGAAAAGUUCUUUGGCAGCACCAGCACCACAAGUUCGGAGCAUAAGUUUGCCAGAUGAUUCAACUGUAUCGGAUAGCAACUCUGAGGCACUUCCAAAAACCCCUCCGGCAAAGAAUGGCGCAAGCCUUCACUCAGCACCAACAACACCCGUUGGGGGACGUUCAAGUCAGAAUGUUCCCGUCAGCAAUGUUCCAAAUGCACCAGUUGUUGUAUCAACUUCUGUUCCUGUUCAAACUUCCACGGAAAGCAUGGGAAGUUUGUCUCCAGUGGCUGCAAAGGAAGAAGACGCAACAACCUUGUCUUCCCGUAAACCACCCUCAUCUGUUGCUGAUGCUCCAGUGAAGGGCAUUGGUAGGGUUAGUAUCCCCAACCAGCCUCAACCAAGUCAGCCUGUGUCUCCAAGUCCUACUAGUGGAGCUCGCAUUAGUGUUACUUCAGCAGCUGAAGUUGCAAAGAGGAAUAUAAUGGGAGUUGAGAGCAACGUCCAACCUCUAACUUCCCCGCUGAGCAAAAUGGUAUUGCCACCAGCUGCGAAGGGUAGUGAUGGAACUGGCUCUGAUAGUAACCCUGGCGAUGUUGCAGCAAGUAUCAGUAGAGCUUAUUCACCGUCUAUUGUAUCUGGUUCGCAGUGGAGGCCUGGAAGUCCCUUUCAGAGUCAGAAUGAGGUCCGUGGAAGAACUGAAAUAGCACCAGAUCAAAGAGAGAAAUUUUUACAGCGGUUACAGCAAGUACAACAAGGCCAUGGGAACCUUUUAAGCAUGCCUUCUCUAUCCGGAGGAAACGAGAAGCAGUUUUCUUCACAACAGCAAAAUCCUCUUUUACAGCAGAGUUCUGGUAUCUCUCCUCAUGGUAGCAUGGGAAUCCAGGCACCAGGUUUUGGUGUCAUGAGUUCUGCCUCCUUACAGCAGCCGUCAAAUGCCAUAACUCAGCAACUGGGUCAGCAGCCUUCCGUUACAGAUGUAGAUCAUGCCAGAAAUGAUGAUCAGCUGCAACAAAACUUACCUGAUGAUUCAACUUCCAUAGCAGCUUCAAAAACCAUUCCAAAUGAGGACGAUUCUAAAGGUCUAUUUGAUACUCCGUCGGGAAUGCCCAGCUACAUGUUGGAUCCAGUACAGGUAACUAGAGACGGCCCUGAUUUCUCUCCUGGGCAACCCAUACAACCGGGCCAAUCUUCGAAUAGCCUCGGUGUCAUUGGACGCAGAAGUAACUCUGAAUUAGGAGCCAUUGGUGACCCUUCAGCUUUAGGGCCAAUGCAUGAUCAGAUGCACAAUCUCCAGAUGCUUGAAGCUGCCUACUAUAGACUUCCUCAACCCAAAGAUUCAGAACGGCCUAGACCGUAUACUCCGAGGAACCCAGCAAUCACACCUCAAACAUUUCCCCAAACACAAGCACCAAUCGUUAACAACCCUUUGUUCUGGGAACGUUUAGGCAGCGAUCAGUAUGGAACUGAUACAUUGUUCUUUGCAUUUUAUUACCAGCAGAACUCAUAUCAGCAGUAUCUAGCGGCAAAAGAGCUGAAGAAACAGUCAUGGAGAUACCACAGAAAGUUCAACACAUGGUUCCAGAGACAUAAGGAGCCAAAGAUUGCAACGGAUGAGUAUGAACAGGGAGCUUAUGUUUACUUUGAUUUCCAAACCCCCAAAGACGAGAAUCAAGAGGGAGGAUGGGUUCAAAGGAUCAAAAACGAGUUCACGUUUGAAUACAGCUAUCUUGAAGAUGAACUCGCCGUAUAGAAAAAGGAGAGAUCUAUGUUUCAUAAUGUAUGUACUCUUCAGCAAUGUUUUCUUUCUUUCAAUAAACAAAAUACUAUUCCGUUGUUUCAAAGUUUGAGAUAGUAAUAUUUUCUUGGUUCUAUGCAAUCCAUAUAUAUUUAUUUUUGGUCCAGACUAAUAAUAACUACAGUA